AAACAUGACUUGUUGAUUUGAUCUUUCAUUUUCCUUUUAGGUCGCAAUCGUUUAAGUGUGGUUAAAAGGCACAUUCCGAGCUUGAUUGCUGCGCUGUUCAACAUAAUUCUGCACUUGCAGGGUCCAUUAAUUUUCUUUGAAAAUUUGGUUGGUAAUAAUGGUGACAAUAACCCAGAUCCAGGAUCUAUCAUUCUUAUGUGUGUUCAGGUACUGACAAGAGUUUCUGGAUAACAUGCUCUGUUCCAAAUGGAUUCUUGGCACAUAGGGCAGUGUUUGCAUAUCCCUGGAGCACUUUUUCAAGCUUUCUGUCAGCUAAGACAUUCUGAAGCACCGGAAUCAUAUAAUUCUUUAUUGCUUUUGGAUAAACAAAAUGAUGCCCCUAGCACAAGCAUGGAAUUCUGUGUUCUAGAUCAACAAUUUUCAGUAAACCUCUUUGCUGCAUGCUGCCGCUUGCUGUAUACUAUUGUGAAGCAUCACAAGAGUGAAUGUGAACGGUGCAUCGCUGUGCUUGAAGAGUCUGUUUCUGUUCUUCUUCAUUGUUUGGAGACAAAGAAUGCUCAUUUAGCAGUCAGAAGAGGUUGCUUUUCAUGGGAAUUAGAAGAAGGGGUGAAGUGUGCUGGUUUCCUUAGAAGAAUUUAUGAAGAGAUAAGGCAGCAGAAAGAUGCCUUGGCACAGCACAGUUUUAAGUUCCUGUCCACUUAUAUUUGGGUUUAUUCAGGAUGUGGUCCACUUAAAGCUGGCAUCCAAAGGGAAAUUGAUGAAGCUCUGAGACCAGGUGUAUAUGCAUUAAUUGAUGCUUGCUCAACAAAUGAUCUUCAGUAUCUUCAUACUGUAUUUGGAGAGGGUCCUUGCAGAAACACACUGGCAGGUUUGCAACAUGACUACAAACGGAAUUUCCAAUAUGAAGGAAAAGUCUGAUCCAAGUUACUUCUUAUGGGAGGUUGUAUUGGCAAGUUGUACCGAUCUUGGGUUGUCAAGUCAACACUAGAAUUAGUUUCCCUUGAUUAUACACAUUUUUAUGGUGGUAGCAGUUUUCUUGUUGCAAAUUGACUUAUGAAUUCAUUGGAUUUAGUCUGUACAUCUGGGUCUCCAUCAUGAUCAAGGGCAAUAUUUUUUGCAUUCAGCUCCUAACAUCUGAUUUGGAUGACCGCAUAAAUUGCUGUAUGUUAUAUAUGAAGAAGUCAAUUCAAUCAUUUUCUUAGCCUACAGUCAAAAAGACGAGGCUUCUACAGAAGAACUGUCUUUUGGGUUUGAUUUUUUCCAUUAUAACAAUUGUAGCAUUUGGU